AUGUCCUCCACCGCGCAGCCCGCCAACCUGACCCCCGGCAGUCAUGGUGUAAAUAGGCGCAAGUCAGGCUCGGCAGCCUGCAUUCACUGCCAUCGCAGAAAGGUACGAUGUGACGCUCGUGUCGUGGGACUGCCUUGCUCCAAUUGCCGCUCUGCUGGGAAGACCGACUGUCGCAUCCACGAGAAAAAGAAACGUCUAGCAGUGCGCUCGAUUCUUGACCCGGUACCAAUUCGUUCUCGCCCGCCUACCCAUGAGCAAGGCGCAAAGUCGUUCUCUCCCGCCACCCCGUCAGGCGAGACUCCUAAUGCGUUUACAACUGCGUUCCGUGGUGUCCAGCCGGACCUGGUCACUGAAUCCAAUGUCGCGAGUCAAAGUAGUCACAGUCCCCUCACUCAGCACAAUGAUAAAGUCGCCGGCAGUAUUGUCAACAAUGGUGUUCGAUACCACGAUAUGUCCCCUAAUUCGAAGGUCCCAGUCUACAACCGCAACCCCGUCUCUGAUGGUUCCGAAGGAGAGUCGCGCGCGGAAAUCGAAAAGCGACUGGUGAAAUUGAUCGACGAAGAAGCAUCGGAUACCCGGGAGAUACAACGAGGCGUACGAGCGAUCUACGUUGGACAUGAGCUCUCUAAUAUGUCAUUCUUGAUCCGCCAGCAACGUAACACGGAUGACGACGUCUAUCACUUUGCGGGGAACGAAAUUCCCCGGCGACAGCUGCGGACAGGCCACGACCAGCUUCUUCUUGAUGCUCUUACAUUACCAGAGCCCGCCCUGGCUGAUGAGCUCGUACAAGCCUAUUUCACCCAAGUCAACACAGGCUACCCUAUCGUCGAAGAGGAUUUGUUUAUGACCCAGUAUCGCAACCGGGAUCCGGCCGAUGCCCCUCCUAUUUUGCUCCUGCAGGCCAUCUUACUAGUUGGGGCGCACGUUACCCGGCCGAGAGCCGAAAGAGAUGCGCUAAAGGAGAUCUUCUUCCGCCGCGCGAAGUGGCUGUUCGACAAUCGUAUUGAACGAAAUCGCGAUAUCCUGGUUCAGGCUGCUCUUUUGCUCACAUGGCAUUCAGACGCUGCCGACGAUGACGUCUCAGCCAACGCGCACUUCUGGAUUGGGGUUGCCAGUAGGAUUGCCACUGGCCUGGGGAUGCAUCGUAAUCCUGUAUGCAGUAGAUUCGUGCCUCGAGACCGGCGAAUGUGGAGGAGAUUAUGGUACAUUCUCGUUCAAUUCGACGUCAUGGUUUCCCUUUCGUAUGGUCGACCACAAGCUAUCAACCUCGAGGACUCUGAUGUAUCCCCAUUGACAGCUUCUGAUUUUGAGGGCUGCGGACCCGGCGUACAGGCCGACUUUGUGAUUCAUUUCUCAGAGUUGUGCACAAUGAUCUCGUACAUUAUCCGCGAACGGUUUGGGCUCAGAAUAAGUGCUGAGCGCCGCAAAGCCGCACUGCUAGAGGCAGAUGAAGCUCUGGCGAAUUGGUCGCUACGGCUACCGGAUAGACUGCGUUUGCGCGCGUCGGAUAUGGAUCCCUGGUCUGCCAUGCUGCACCUUUCAUACAAUAAUUUUUUAAUUCUUCUUCAUCGGCCUCACCCAAGAGCUUCGGCAUACUCUGAUGACUAUGGUCCGCACGACGCUGAAAUCUGCAGUGCAGCUGCUGGUGUGAUUGCUUCCAUAUUCGAGGAAUUGCGCCUGCAUGAUCGGCUGAAGUUCCUCUGGUACUCUGGCGUCCACACUCUGUUCACAGCGAUGAUCCAAGUUCGAGUCGAGCUGCGAUUCUCCAAUCCAGUUCUUGCAAUCAACGCUCUACGCCGUUUUGACUCUGCCUCAUAUUCGCUGCGCGAUCUAGCCCAGUUCUGGUCCCACGCUAGCACCAUCUUACGACUAUUCGAAGACUCAAGGCGCCUCCAAGAAGACCUCCGAACAGCAACCACUGACCGACCCCGCCGCUUCAGUAAUCACAACCAAAGUAAUACAACAAGCACUACCUCUCCGACAAAAGUCUCUCUAACCACCUCGCUUCCACCCACAAACCCGACCACUACCUCUGCAGCUACGAGCACCAUAAACACAAUCGCCACCACCCAACCCCAGACUCAACUCCAAAGCACUUCCAACACCCAUCUCCCCUACGACGUCCCAACCCCCGACUCCACUCCACAAGCCCAACAACAAACCCUAAGCCCGCACGCAACGCAACCCUUCGACACCUGGAUUCCGUCCAGUAACCUCACACCUAUGGACAAUAUCGAUAACCCGCGCGAAUUACUCGACUGGCGGCAACUGUUCUCAUUCACUGAUAUGGAGGGGCCGGUCCUUCCAUCGGUGAUGGAGGGUAUCACGGAGCUGGAGGAUGAGUGGCGCCAGAUCUAUUGGCAGGAGACGCCCAUGUCGGAUCUGUUGCAGGAUGGGGGGUGGAUGCAUGGGUGA